CUUGCACCAGAUUUCACAAUUCUCUUGCACAAAGUUCUCUCGCACCUUUUUGAUCUUUCUCCUCAGUCCUUAUUAUAGUCUCUCGUUUCUGACAUCCAAUGGCCGACGAGCAGAAGCAACGCGUCGUUCUCAAUCCCGCCGAUUGCGACAUAGGUUUCAACAUUGAAGGCAAUGGGCUUUUGGGCUCUUCCCUGUACGAGAAGGGAUUAGCUUAUUGCUGGUUCGGUGCUCGAGCCAAUAUGGGUAUAACCGGUGGGAAGUACUGUUUCGGUUGCAAAGUGGUGUCGUUCCAAUCUGUUCAAAUGGAGGACACUGACCCUGAAGACCGGAAUCUUUGCCGGGUUGGUAUUUCUAGAGGGGAUGAUGUGGUGGGAAGCCUAGGGGAAACAAGUCACAGCUUUGGGUAUGAGGGCACUGGAAAAUUCUGGAAUGCUACGAGGUCUCCGUGCUAUGGUGGGAAGUUUGGGCUUGGAGAUACUAUUGUUUGUGCAGUCAAUCUUGAAGAAAAGCCCUUGGCUUCCAUUUCUUUUUCCAAGAAUGGAAAGUGUUUGGGUACGGCGAUGAAGUUCAAUGCGCUGGUGGAUCCUGAAGUGAAGAAUUUUCAAUGGGAAUCUGCCUUUUUCCCUCACCUUCUGUUGAAAAAUGUGGAAGUGGAGUUGCAGUUCAGUGUUGAAGGUGGACUUGUUCCUGAAGAUGGUUUUAAGCCUUGGGCGGCUGCUCUUGGGGAUGGAAAUGCGAUUGGGGGACCAGUUUUUGAUGAUCCAAAGGAUUGUGAAGUGAUGAUGAUGGUGGGUAUGCCCGCCUCAGGCAAAACAACUUGGGCGGAAAAAUGGGUGAAAGAGCACCCAGAGAAGCGAUAUGUUUUGCUUGGGAUAAAUAUGGUUCUGGAUCAAAUGAAGGUGCCAGGGCACUUGCGUAAGCAGCAUAAGGAGAAUCUUGGUGACCCAUAUCGUCUCGAAUGUCUGAUGAUUAAAGCAAGUUAUAUCUUAGAUAGUCUUUUAUCCAGAGCAACUGCCAGAGCAGCCACCAGUCCUCGCAAUUACAUUCUUGAUAGGACAUAUGUAGACAAGGAUGACCGUGAGUAUGAACUUAGGCAGUUCAAUCUUUUCAAGCAGAUUGCUGUUGUGGUGUUUCCAAGCCCUGAAGAGGUGAAGACUCGAUUGUUGAAAAGAUUUGAAGAUUUUGGAUCUUUGGGACCCGCUGAUAUACUGAAUGAAAUGUUGGCCAAUUUUGCUUUACCUGUAACCAAGGACGUGCCUUGUUCAGAUGAGCUUUUUGAUGAGGUUAUGUUCGUUGAACUCAACAGAGACGAAUCACAUAAACUUUUGGAGGAGAUGAAGCAGGAAGAAUCUGAUGUGAACUCGAAUUACUCUUCACCAUAUUCCUGCAGAAACUUUGAUGAGUCAUAUCCUUUUUCACCUAAAUACGGGGAGAGGAUCUUGCCACAUCCCACUCCUUCACCGCAAUACGAAGUAGCUCCAGCAGUCAACAUCGGUGUUGCCACUAACGCCUAUCCUAGUGCCGCGUUUCAACCCUGUGCAAUUGCUUCAUUCACAGGCAAUGCUCCUGGAUGUCAUGGUAAUGCUGGAUACUUGAAUUGUGCUGCUCCUCAGCUUUCAAGAGCACCUGCAGGUCUCCAUAGUCCUCUUUGUCCACCUGGUCCCGGGUAUUGAUGGCCAUGCUUUUGAAAGGAGAAAGAGUACCUAGUGAUCGAUUUGAUUAGCUUAUUUAUUUCGUUGUCAUCUUGCUAUAUGACCUCUCUUAAGGAUGGUUUGGUUUGGUUUGCUUUUCUUACUUCAUUAGUCUUUUUAGGGGGAUUGCAUCGAGUAUGGUCUAUGAUCAUUGACCUUCGAUCUGCCAUCUUAAUUUAACUUCGAUAUCAGCUGCUGCAUAUUGUAAAUUAGUUCCUUUGUUGUUC